AUGGAUGCUCCCAAUGCGCCGUUAAUGGCUGAGCUCUUUAUGACAGACUUUGAGGAAAAGAAUCCUGCAUCAAUUAGACAGAAUGGAGUAAGAUUUUGGUGUCAUUAUGUGGAUGACACUUUUGCUCUUUUGGAGAAACAUGUCGAUCCCUAUAUAAUAGCUGUUUUAUUAUCUAGCUUCCAUCUAUCAUUGGCUUUUAUGUUCGAGUCAGAGGAUGAGAAUAAUAUUAUACCAUUUUUAGAUGUACAAAUAACUCGUUCAAGCCCAGGCUUUAGCACAAAAGUUUAUAGAAAACCUACCUUUACUAGUCUCCUCACUCGAUGGGACUCGUAUGUACCUGAUAUAUAUAAACGUAAUGCUAUAGGGACAAUGGUGUACAGAGCCACUCGUAUAUGUUCGUCAUGCAAGUUGCUUGAUGAAGAAUUUGAGAAAAUUAGGGAAAUUGCUGGUCACAACGGUUAUCCCAAUAGGUACGUAGAUAAAAUAAUUUGUGAAAAAUUGAAUCAGUAUUACACGCCAAAAGUACGUGAGCCUCACUGUAUUAAGAGAACGCGUGGCAUUGAGGGUACCAUUUUAUGUAGAAAACUUGUUCCUAUUCUUCAGCAAUUUCCAUUCGAGUUCAAUGCAGCGAUAGAAUUCGACCCGAUAGUUCAUGAACUAGAUCCAAUAGGUCAACUCCAUGUAUCAUAUUGCGAAGAUAUGUGGAAUGAUUCGAAUGUAGAAAAAUUAUUCACGGACACCAAUUAUGUCGGACUUAUAGCUUUAUUUACAUAUGGUAAUGGAAAUUGCAUCUAUAAUGCUAUAGGGCUACUAGCAUCACAGCCAAGAGCAUUUGCAAUUGAACUACGUGUACGUAAUAUCAUCGAAUUGACUUUAAAUGCAGCGAGCUACAUGCAAGAAUAUUCGUGGUAUAAGGGAAAUCUAUAUCAAUAUGUGUUGCAUUAUUUAACAAACGAUAAAAGCUAUGCUGAGCCAUAG